ACGCUACCAAAGCAGCUGGAUCUACCAGAAGAUGACCUGACCAAAGUAGGAGACGGACAUGGGUGGUAGGUCGUCCGGGGGAACGAUGGUGAACAUGGUCCAGGCAGAGGGAUGGAUGGCGAUCGACCGCUUUUCAGGCCACUCAGCGUUCGCCACAACAGUGUAUACUUUGCUCAACCUCGUGUACUUUCCGUCAAUCGUACGAGUAAGGGAUAUCAGAGUGCAACAUACACGAAAAGGACGAUGCGACACAAAGGAACACGACAGACCGAUAACGAAAACGAACCACUAUCGGCUCACUAGCAGAGUAUUGGAAGGAGUACUCGCAGCCCACCUCACCAUGCCCUACGGAGCGAUGCACGUCGUCGCGACUUCACACAAUGACCAAGCACAUAUUGGUCCAUAUGGGGUGGAAGAUUAGGAGAGUCUCUGGUGGACUGUGAAAGUAAGCCGCAUGGGCAAAGUACUGCUAACAAGACUGUAGGCAGUGGUGCUAGAUUUGGAGACGUAUGCAGGGCUGAGGAAUAGUAUAUAAGAGUACGCACGACGAUGGCGUGGGCGCAGGCCAUCUGACACCAUGAGCAUGGAACAGCUAGGACCGGUGAUUUUCUCGGCAGCACCCGUUCACGC